AUGAGCACACCAGCGUACUACGAACUAUAUCGGAGAUCUACCAUAGGAGUAACUCUAGCAGAUGCUCUUGACACAUUAAUCUCUGACGAGAAAAUCCAACCGCAAUUGGCCAACAGGAUCUUGAACAAUUUCGAUCGAAUAAUCGCUGAGAACUUGAAGAAUGAGCUGAAUAUAGCAAAGCUGAAGUUGACAUUCAAGGGUGACUUGGACACGUAUCGAUUCUGUGAUGAUGUUUGGACGUUUAUCAUCAAGAAUGUGUUGGUGAAGAUGACGGACUUGAGUGGGUCUGGUUCUGGGUCGAGUGGUAGUGGCAGUGGUGGCGAUGGUGAUUUGGAACUCCAUGUGGAUAAGUUCAAGAUUGUGGCUUGUAAUGCGAGAAAAGCAGGUGAGCCAUAG